AUGGCCGAACCACCUCGUGAUAUCUCCUCUAUCCUUGCCGCCCUAGGCGCCGCACAAAGAGGCACAUCUUCGACGCCCACCCAAGGCCAGCCCGGCAUGCCUCCUGGAUACCCUCCUCCUCCCGGCGCCCAAGCGCCCCUUUCAUACCCCCCAAUGCCCCAGCAGAGCGCUCCUCCCUAUGGUGCCGCUUACCCGGGUCUGCCUCAGCCUUCGGCCAGCGGCAGCUUGGAUCUCAGCUCCAUUCGCCCUGUCAACUCUGGCACCGUCAGCAUCGCCGACGCCAUUGCGCAAGCCAAGGCAUUUGCUGCGGAAAAGGGCGUCACCUCGUAUGAUAGACCCGUUGUCUACUCCAACGAGCCUCCCCGCGGCCCGGACUCUCGCGGCUACAGCAGGACUUCGCGCUCGCGUUCGCCCUCCAACCGUCGCGACCAGUUCCGCGACAACUUCAACCCCUACAGAGACGAGCGUCGAGGAGAUGAACGUCCUGCUCCGCGAGAAUACGGCCACGGCCGCGAGCGCUCCUAUAGCCCCAAUCCCCGCGGCAACACCUUCUCUCCUCGCAACCCCAGCGGCAGAGAGCGCUCCCCUCUUAGAGGUAGCGGCGGCGGCGGCGGUGAUGACAAUGCCGAGACUAUUCAGAUCGAGUCGAGCCUUGUUGGCCUCAUCAUCGGCCGUCAGGGCGAGAACCUCCGUCGGAUCGAGUCAGAGUCCACCUGCCGGGUUCAGUUCCUUCCUUCCAGCGAUAACGGUCCUUUCCGCCAAUGCAAGAUCACCGGUCCCAGAGCACGACGCGCCGAAGUCAAGGAGGCCAUUAACCGUAUCAUCGAUGACAGCGGCAUGGGUGCCAUCAACCGUGGCGCAGCCAAUCCCAAGGGUCCCGCUCCCCGUGAUAAUCGCGCUGGACCCCCUGGUGGUGCGGCGGCAGCAGGAGCGGCAGCUCUGCGGGACGGCGAGGAUUGCAUGCAGAUCAUGGUCCCCGAUAGAACCGUCGGCCUGAUUAUUGGACGUGGAGGAGAGACCAUUCGGGAUCUGCAAGAGCGCUCCGGCUGCCACAUCAAUAUUGUCGGGGAAUCCAAGAGCGUGAACGGACUUCGUCCUGUCAACUUGAUCGGCUCUCGCGAAUCCGCUGCCCAGGCCAAGGAUCUCAUCAUGGAAAUCGUUGAGAGCGACAGUCGAAACGACGGCCAGCCCGUCGCCCCCUCGAAGAAGCCCCCGAGGCAGGACGCCGGCCACCAGAGAGACUCCGGUCCUGGAGGCGGCCCCGACAAGAUUCACGAUGCCAUCUACGUUCCCUCCGAGGCCGUUGGCAUGAUCAUUGGAAAGGGAGGCGAGACCAUCAGGGACAUGCAAAACGGCACCGGAUGCAAGAUCAACGUUGCACAGUCUUCCGGACCAGGCGAGGUUCAGCGCGAAAUCGCUCUCAUCGGUUCCCGUGAUAGCAUCACCCGUGCCAAGCAGGCGAUCGAGGAGAAGGUUGACGCAGUGCGCCAGAAGAACUCUGGAGGUGGUGGUGGCGGCGGCGGCGGCGGCGGUCGCGGUCGCCAAAACCAGGACUAUGAAAGGAGCUACUCUCAGCAGGCAUCUAACCCACCAGCAUCAGGAUCAACUAAUCAGCCAGCUGCCCAAGUUCCCGUUGGAGCCGACGGCGCCGACCCGUACGCGCAGUACGGAGGAUACCAAAACUAUCUCGCCCUCUGGUACCAGUCCCUCGUAUAUCAACAGCAACAAGGCGGUGCAGCCGGCCAGCCCGGUACUCAGCCUCCACCAGGCUCCUCGUAG